AUGGACGCUCUCAUGCACCUGAUCGUCCUCCUGAUCCUCAACGCUGCCACAAACUGCAUCAGAGAUGAAGACUUUUGUCCAAAAGGAGCCCGGAUAGACCGAGACGGAUGGCAGUGCUACUGGAUCUCAGCUUCUGCAUCAACCUGGCAAGAAGCAAGGACAGAGUGUCAGAAAACGAACAGAGCGGAUCUCGCCUUAGUGGACAAACCCAGCGUUCGGAAGUUCCUAGAAAACUCAUUUCUGAUCGAAGCCCCUCUAUUAGUUUGGCUGAGAAAUGAACCCACAAACCCUUUCGAUGCUUCUAACCUGGACAGGGAGAGAGGGACUUGUCCUCAGAUGUUUUUUGGGACAGGGCAGUGGACGAGGAGCCCAUGUAAUCAAAAGCAUCGUUUUAUCUGCGGGAAACAGAUAUCAGUGUCUUUGCCAUCUUUGGACAGCUAUGUCUUUGGAGUGCCGCUAAUGUCCGGCGUAUACACACAGUCACAGUUACACGCACUAACUUCACCGCCGGACCUGGACCACCAGAGAGCUGAAAUGAUGCUGUUCCCAGGAAUAUGGGUCAGUCAUGGAGGCCGGGUCGUCUCUGUAGAGCUGGUAGCGCAACCCAGUCAGCAGCUCAGCACGGCAAGAGUCCAGAUUUUACGGCCGUACUGCAGCCUGAACCAUCACCUAGUGCCCCCAGGCUGUGGUUCAAUACUGAAUCCGUUCACCUGCUGCUCACUGAAACCCCUGUGCAACACCACCGGUGGCUGUCCAAGCGGGCACUACUGGUGCCACCUGGUGGAGAGCUGCCUGCCAGUCAGCAGCCCAUGCAGCCCUUAUCACUCAUCUGCUGAUGGGCUCGUCUUCGCUCUGCCACCCCGCUACACUGCAGUGACUCCUUUCUACCACAUGGUGGCAGACAUAGCAUUGGCAGUACCUCCGGCUUCGGAGCCGCUUCACAUCAAUGUCAUGUUAAAAGGAAAAGACUUCCCGGUGUUUCCUGAUGAUAUUCUUGCCAUUCAACACACAAGAAAAUCCGGAGCGUUCCUGCACUGUGCAAGCGGCUCCGACUCCGCCUGGCGCCAGAGUUACCUCUCCAUUUCUGGCCCUGACUGGGGUGGCUGGGUAGAUGUCGCAGUGUCUGCUCUGACAGAUAGGGGGCAGUGGAUGGACAACAUUUCCUGUGACCUGCGUCUGAUCUACGAAGACCCUGGACAUCUCUAUGGUCCCUCCUCUGUCGUGAACAGCACCCCGAGCGACCCGGGUGUUGAUGUGAGCACACUUAGCAGCAUUCUGAUCGACGCCCGGACCCCGGUCACGGGGAUGCAGAUCCUCUAUCCUGUACCUGACAAAGAAACUCGAAUGUUUUUACCAGUGAAUAUCCAAACGCUUAUUAUUAUCAAGAUCCUUUCAGGAAGAAACGCAACAAGCUCCUGGUCUGCCCCGGUGUCCAGAGCAGGUGUCCCGUUCCUGACGUCAUGUCCGGCAGAGAUUUCUGAGAUCCAGCAAGUUUGUCAGAGGGAUUCUCCUGACACAUGGUUCUCUUACGCAUAUAUCAUCCUCACCAGACAAGGGGAGCAAACUCUGAACAUUACAGCGUCGAAUCAGGUGAACUCGCAGACAUUAAGUGUGAAGAUUCAAGCUCAUGAUGUUAUCACAGGACUGAGGAUCCAUCCACAGGGAUUUCAUAGAGUCCUAGUGGACAUACCAAAGACGUUCACCACAGCAGUGGCCACUGGUUCAUCUGUGAAGUACACCUGGGUUAUCGAUAACCGCAUCCAGUCUGCCCACACAGGACAGUCUUACAGCAUCACUUUCAACAAACCAGCAGAGUACACUCUCAAGGUAACAGCGGAGAAUCCCGUUAGCUCUCAGGUCAGAGAGGUCAAACUCACGGCGGAUGUAAUGACCCGAUUAGCCGACCUCACAUUACUCUCCGCGAAGGAGGCGGUUGCUGUAAACACCUCCGUCAUCUACACCAUUAGAGUGAAACUGGAUGUCUCCAUCGGUGUCACAAUAAGAUGGGAUUUUGGUGAUAGUUCUAGCUGUGUUAAUCAUACACUCGACGCUCCGUUAGACAGGAAUGAUGUACUGCUGGACCGGACUGCAAAACAGAUCUACUUACAGGACACCGCACAGCACAUCUACUCAACACCAGGCGACUAUACACUGAAGAUUGAAGCCCAAAAUAAGUACGACUCCAUCCAAACAACCGUGCUACUUAACGUGAGAUCUCCACUGAGCAAGCUGCUAGUCUUGUCAAAGCCCGCUGUCCCCCGAGUCAACCAAACGGUUCUUUUUGAAGCGUCACCACAGCCAUCUUCAUAUGGAAUAGUUUACACGUGGAACUUUGGAGAUGGCUCAUCAGAGGUUGAAGUAACUCAUAAGAUAACCAGGCAUGCUUUUAAGAAAGCAGGUGUCUUCAAUGUUUCUGUGUGUUCUGACAACAACAUGUCAAAGUUGAAUUCCUGGAUGGUCCUGGAAGUUUUUGAAAUUAUUUCAGGUUUACAUUUGAGGUAUAAUGGCCCCAGUGAACUCAAUUCAAUCACUGAAAUCAGUGGAAGUGUAUCUACGGGUACUAACCUCAGGUGGACUUUUGAUCUUGGUGAUGGGACUGUGUUUCAAGACCAGGAGGAGAACUCAGUCUCCCAUGUCUAUAGGUCUACAGGAAACUAUACAGUCCAAGUAACGGUCUGGAACGCGGUGAGCAGCCUGAAACAGUCUAUUGGUGUAAAAAUUUAUCGACUUGCCGUGAUGGGAAUCCUGCCAUUGGACUGCAUCGUGAGUGGAAAGGAAGUAAAUCUUCAAGCACUGGUGAGAGGGAAUAGUUCUCAGCUAACUUUCCAUUGGAGUUUUGGAGACAGUAAUGGAAUGUCUGUGAAGAAAGGAACACCAACUGUUGCCCAUACAUUUUUAGGUACAGGGAGUUACCUCAUUGAUGUGACCAUCUAUAGCCACGUGGGAUCUGCACAUUAUCAGACGAAUGUAUGUGUUGAGACGUUAAUUACGGAUUUGAACCUACACUCAUCUGUAAAUGUUGCGGCGGUGGAUGAAGAGAUAUGUUUUGAUGUGUCAGUGCUUCCAACUGGAGGUGAGAGCUACCAGUUUGUCUGGUGUAACAGCUCUUCCUGUGACUGCCCUGUCAAUGGGACAUCACAUCACUGCUUUGUUUUUUCAGAAGAGGGCAAGCAUGAAAUUAUGGUAAUCACAAGGAAUCAGGUCAGCGUGAAAACUGCAGCAGCAACAAUUUUCAUCCAAAGACCUAUACCGAAACUGUCUAUACGACACAAUGGCGAUAUGGAUGCAUUUACCGUCGAUCAGUCGUAUUACUUUUGGACUGAGCCAAUCCAGAAUAACAUUGUUAUCGAGUGGGACUUUGGUGAUGGUUCUUUGAAGAACCAAGGCCAAAAUCUGUCACAUGCUUUCACUACAGCUGGGCGGUACCAUGUCAGUGCUUCAGUUUUUAACGCAGUUAGCAAAGAAACGGUGGGUUUUCAUGUAGAAGUCCAGGUUCCCAUAUCAUAUGUAAUAAUUCAUACUAAUGAGCCAUUUGCAGAAGCAGACCAAGAAGCAGUCUUCACUGUUUCAACCAACGUCAUGGAUAAUGUUGAAUUUUAUUGGACAGUGAACUCCAUGGCUCAUGCACAGCUUGGAACAUCAGAGUACAAAUAUGUCUUUCACAAAACAGGGAUUUUUCAAGUUAGCGUCAUAGUACAGAAUCUUGUCAGUAAAAUGGAAACCUCAACAUUAAUCGAGGUUUUAGAGAGAAUACAAGAUGUACGGGUUACAAGCCUGAUUCUUAAAUCUGUGAGUUAUUUCCCCACAAAUGAAACCGUUACUUUAAUGGCUUCUGUAAGCCGUGGCACCAGCUUGACAUAUCAGUGGUUAGCUCAUCAAAAUGGGGUUCAUGACAAAGUUGGUGAUGGUGAACAUUUUGGAUUAUUUACAAUUUGGCCUGGUAAUGUGUCAAUCCAGCUUAUAGUCGCCAACGUUCUUGGUAAAGUGCAAAGAAAUUUUACUUUAAAGGCAGUUGAAUAUAUUUCUGGUGUAAAUAUCACAUCACCACUGAAUGUAAUACCAAAAGGAAAACCCAUUACGAUAUCAGUGACUACGAAAUCUGGGACAGAUCUACAGUAUAUUUGGUUUUUGGACACGGAUCCCUCACCAAAAACAACAGAUGUACCUUUUGUUUUCCAUGUUUUUAAUGCCGUUGGAGUCUUUCUGCUAAGAGUGUCAGUGGGAAAUGUGUUGAGCUCCGUCAAUGCCACUAAACACCUCACGAUUCAAGAGCCUGUUUCGGAGGUCGACUUUAAGGUAAAUGGACAAUCACAUCCUUACUUUGUCACAUCAAACACUCAUUUGACAUUUCAUGGAUCUGUCAGAAUGGGAAGCGAUCUACACUGGGAGUGGACUUCAGUUGUCUGGAAAGGAAGUGCAGUUGUUUUAGGAGAAAAUCAAACCAUUAUCUACUCUUUUACGAAUGCCGGAGACCAUCAAGUAACACUUAACGUCUCAAAUCAGAUCAGCUGGCAGGCCGUGUCGCAUGUAGUAACAGUUCAAGACACCAUUAAAGGUCUAAGUCUAAGAGUCAGUGAUGCAGUCGUCUGUGAGAAUGAUCCAAUCACUUUUACACCAUCUGUCUCUCAGGGAAGCGGCGUUUCAUUCAGCCUGGAAUUGGCCGGAGGGAAUACAUCUCUAAAGGAUCAGGAGGAUUUCACCACCUCAUCAAUUCCUCUUGGAAAUCACACCAUCAAAGUAACUGCUAAGAAUCUUGUUAGUGCCUCAUCAAUAAACAUCACUGUCAAGGUGGUAGAACGAGUUAAAGGUCUUUAUUUGGUUGACUGCUGCUCUUCAGUCUUGGAAGCCACAAAACCGAUCAGUUUUAAAGCAUCAGUAAGGACAGAAUCAAAGGUCAGUUAUCGAUGGAAUUUCCACUUGGAUGGCUUCAAAACCUUACAACAAACGGGUCAAAGUGUCCUGUAUACCCCAUUAAGCAAUGGAUCGCUGUCUGUGACAGUACAAGCAAGCACUGAUUUCUGUUCUCAGUACAUGACAGAGACCGUACAAGUUCAGUGGCCUGUGAAAAAUGUGAAACUUUCUAUCUUAUCUGAAGGACCUUUUGUAAAUCACAGUGUCACCUUUUUUGCUCUUAUUGAUGGCGGAAGUGACCUUAUGUACAAGUGGAACUUUGGUGAUGUUAAUAAAGCGAGCCGAGUUACACAAUCCAAUAAGGAAGACUACAAAUAUAAUGCUGAAGGCAGAUUUAUAGUCCAAGUAACUGUUUUUAAUAACAUCAGCCAAGUCUCGGCACACUUCCCAGUUCUGGUAAGGAAACUGGAAUGCACCCAGCCACGCAUCACCCUCAUCCAAGAAGAAGUGAAAAUUCUUAAAUCAAGACCAAACUAUUUCGAAGCGAGUGUGGAUCUGAAUGAUUGCACUUCCUACAAGACAAACUACCUCUGGGAAGUCUUUACAGAUCCAGACUGCAGGGAAAGGAAAGUAUUUUUAAACGGUUCCCUGGAUGUUACCACACCGCUCCUGACUCUCCCAAAGCAUUCGCUAGAAGUGGGAGACUACUGUCUAAAGUUUACUGUUGGGUUUGAGGGAACACCAUUACAACUUUACAGGACUACAGGGUUUUCAGUAGUACACAGUCCAUUGGUUCCCCUCAUCAAAGGAGGUUCUUUUCAAUUUUGGUCGAAUCAGAAAGACCUGAUACUGGAUGGGUCUGAGUCUUAUGAUCCUGACGCUACAGUGCAAGAGGCUGGUCUGUUGGAGUUUCAAUGGGAUAUUACAAUGCAGGAGAGCAAUACCACAUCUCACUAUCCAGCAUCCUUCCUCGAUGAUUACCGCAUUCACGCCAACAGCAGCCAGCUGGUCCUGCCGAGGCAUGUACUCGAGCUGGAGGGAGUGUACCAAUUCACAUUAACAAUUAAAAUACACGGCAGAUCACCAGUCUCUACAGUCCAGCAUGUUCAUGUACGUGAAGCAGACCUGCUACCUGUGACUGUAAAGUGUAUAUCCUGUAAAACAGUGUUUUCUUCUUCUUCUAUAAGUCACACUCAGCCUCUCGCUUUGGCUGGACGUUGUGCUACGUGCAAUGGCACUGUUCAGUAUAAUUGGACUGUGGAAAACACAAAGGGUGAAGUUUUACUUCUGAACGAUGUCACAACUUCAACAGGAAACAGCUCUAAAGAUCUUGUCGUCAGGCCCAAUAUGCUAAAACCUGGAGUUGAGUACAUAUUCAGCCUCAAUGUGUCCCAGCCAGAUACCAGACUGUGGGGAUCAGCGAGUAUCGCUUUAACCCCCAGUCUCCCACCCAGGGCCGGGAAAUGUACACUGUCUCCCGAAGAUCCGGUUCAACUCCUGCAAAAUGUAGUAUCAUUCAACUGCUCAGGUUGGGUGGAUGAAGACAAUGACUCUGCUCAGAUGAUUUACACUCUUCAGGUAGCACAAUGUGAGAGCCUUGGAGAGCCACAAUGUCCCCUGAUAACUCUAUACCGAGGCACACAAAAGACAUUUGGCACACUCGUACCUCUGGGCAAUGCCAGGCCAGGCCACAAUGCCUCCAUCAUUACCAUGAUGGUCACUGUUGAGGACAACAUGGGGGCCAAAGUCACUGCUAUCAAAAGGAAUCUGGAAGUCAUGGUGCCAGUGAGUGAACAAGAAACGGUUGAAUGGUUAAAGAAAAAGAGUGAGGAGGAACUGUGGGCUUUAGUGAAACAGGGCAACCCACAGGAUGUGAUACCAUAUGCCAUGGCUCUGAGCAGCCAGCUCAAUCAGUUAAAGGCCACUAGCAUGGAAGAGUUUAAGGACAAAGUCCAGAUGCGAGGCAAUGUGACCCAGGCCUUAGCCUCUCUCUCCGUGUCCUCGCUCCAGGACGCAGCACAGAUCAGCUCGGCUUUGGCUCAUUCCACCGCCAUUACGUCUGAGCUUCAGUGUGGAGAGUGUAACUCACGAGUCGUGGAGGCCACAGGAAAGAUGAUCAACGUGAUCAGAGAGCAAACUAGACAAGGAGAUGUCACUCCCGUGGACACCGGGAGGAAUAUUCUCAAAGUGUUAAGUAGCUCGAUGUCUGUUCAGAAUCCAGCGGAAGCUUUAGAUUUACUCUCCCACAACACGCAACAUCAAGACACUGCAGUAUCAGCGUUCAGUCAGGUCGGACAGUUGAUGCGAAGCUUAAUGUGGUCGCGGAUGCCCGGUGAAGAAGCGCUCUCCCUCAAAGCUUCACAAAUCAGCGCGGUAGCUAAACGCGGUGACCCGACUUCAGACCUCCUGUGUACUGACCCGUCCGGUCCCUGCCGGUUUCACAUCCCUCCGGAUCUCAGCUCACACCUCAGGACUGAGAGACAGGAAGUGGUUCAGAUUCUUCUGGUUAUGGAGGAUGAGGAGAUCCCGUUUACAUCCGCUGCAGAUCCGCCAAUUUCUACUACGCUGGCCGCGAUGGAGUUCGCCACGCCACAGGGUCUGCCGAUCCCCAUCGCGAACCUGACAGCAGAACGUGCCAUACGCGUGACUCUGCAAAACAAGAAGGUGGAGGGCGCAGGAAGGGUUAAUGUCACUCUGCCAUCUGGAGGAAGCGUGAACUUCACAGUCAGAGCUGUCGAGACCGAACCGGACACCGGGCUCUUCAUCGCCUUUAACUUCAGCUUGGUUCAAGGAAGUAGUAAGUUGAUCUCUGGAAAAGUCAGCAUCAUCGUAAGUGAUAAACAAACUAUUCAACCGUCCCAAAACACUCAUGGUAAAGAGCUCACCCUCACCUUCUCGAGCACGAGUCCUGCAGUGGAGGAAACCCUCUUCCUCACACCGAUCUUGAACGGCUCUGCUAAGGACCUGUACGUGACCCUUAAGAGCAGCGCGGAUGUGGAGUUGUGUGUAUCGGUGUGUGUGUUCAGUUCGCUCUGCCAGUUCUUCAGCAUGGAACAGAGACGCUGGAGCACAGCCGGUUUGAGCGUGCUCAGUACCAGCACCCCUAAUACCGCUCACUGCCUCACUCAGCACCUCACGCUUUUCGGGGCCAGUCUGUUUGUUCACCCAGAUGCCAUCAUACUUCUCGCACCAUCAGAUGGACCGAGCAGGAACAUGGUGGUUGGAAUAGUGUGUGGUGUUUUACUACUGAUUCAUCUGCUGGUCGGUCUCAUCGCACACAAAUUAGACCAUCUGGAGAGUCUUCGUUUGAGCUGCGUCCCACUGUGUGGCGAGUCAGGACGCUACCGGUAUCGGGUGCUCGUCAAGACUGGAUGGUACAGAGGAGCUGGAACCUCUGCUCAUGUAGGCAUUAGUCUGUAUGGACUAAACAAAAGUGGUUCGCGUCACCUGCAAAGAGAAGGAGCCUUUCAAAGGAAUGGUCUCGACGACUUUCAGGUGGAAACCGACGUCAACUUGGGAGAAAUCUGGAAAAUAUGCAUCUGGCACGACAACACAGGGCUGGACCCCUCGUGGUAUCUUCAGCAUGUGACAGUGUGGGACAUGCAGACGGAUAACAUGUUCUUCUUCCUGGUGGAGGACUGGCUAUCUGUGGAGAAUGAAAAGAAUGCGGGUUUAGUUCAGAAAGUCAUUCUGGCUACGUGCCCCCCUGAGCUUCAGCAGUUUGGGAGGAUUUUGCGUGCACAGCUGCGAUUCGGACUGCAGGAGCAUCACCUCUGGCUGUCUCUCUGGGAACGCCCAGCUCACAGCAGCUUUAGCCGAGCUCAGAGAGUGACGUGCUGCGCUCUGAUUCUGCACCUUUACCUUGCAGCGGGGGCGGUCUGGUACGGAUCAGUGGCUACGACAAACAGCGGCGGUCCAGUCGCUGACCAGAUGCUGAUGACCCCAGAGACCGUACUGGUUGGAAUGACCAUAGCUGUUGUGAUGUUUCCACUCCAAUCCCUCCUCACCUUCCUGUUCAGAAAGACCAAGAGCAUGGUUGCCAUGGAGCUCUCCUUGCCUCCUUCCCCCAUGUCUGAUAUGGUAGAGAUGGAUGUGUACCUCAGCCACCCAGAUAUGUCCUGUGCUUCGUUUUUGUCCAUGCCUACAGGCCACGAGUCCUCCACGCAUGAAGGAUCUUCUUUUGAGUCCUUGGAGAGCCCAAAACUUGAGUCGGAAUUUUGGAACACUUCACACUUCAGAAGAGAAAGUCCUCAUUUGAGUAGAGCAGACCAAUGGACAUCAAGCGAGAGCAUUUUAGGCCUUGCUGAGCCCAUGGGACCGACCCGGCUGUUGAAGAGAAAAAGAGCGCUUCUUCAACUGAGACUGAAUUCUCCAGCAUCUGAACUUCCUACCUCUGAACAUAGCAGUUCUCCAUAUCUAAAGAAACAGCAGCUGUCAUCAUCAGAAAAGGAUUUGGGCUCUAUUGCUGAAGACCCUUUUCUGUCCAGUGCUGGUUCCACAGGACCAAGUACUUCGGACAGCGGCCGAUAUUCACCCAACGGAACUAUUCUGUCUGACACACUGGAGAGUAGCUCCAGCGAAUGGAUGGAUCUGAGCAUGGACAAAUCUGACUGCGAUGCUGGCCUUUACAAAUCCCACUCGUCCAUGUCAGUGUGCAGUGUGGCCAGUACCUUCCUCCCCAGUCUCCCCCCUGACUCCUUCAGCACCACCUCCACCACACACAUAGGUGUGUUUCGCAGUGGGCCAGGUCUGAUGCUACCAUCCUGGGUGUUGGCUGUGGUUUAUCUUCUUGUGGCUGUGCUCCUGGCAACAUGUCUGGCCUUGGUUGGCUUAUACGGGAGCACCUUUUCCCACUCUGUGCUCCUCAUGUGGCUCACUUCAAUCCUGUCAGCCUUCUUCACAUCAGUCCUGGUGCUGGAGCCUCUCACGAUUUGUGCUCGGGCCAUAUAUCUUGCCUCUGUGGUGAAACCAGUGGACCCAGAGGUGGAAGAUAGGCUGGCCCAGGAGACUGUAGUGAUUAGGAUAGGGAAGGAUCAAGGUGUUAAAGUGCGCCCUCUUUGUGGCUAUGGCUUGCUGCAUGCCAAAGAGGAGGCACGGAAAGUACGAAUUCUCAAAAAUCUCAUGAAGAACUGCCUGGUCUACAUGCUCUUCCUCUUGGUGGUUCUCUUGAUGAACUAUCAGGAUAAUAUCCAGGAGACGAACGGCAGAUUUCUUCACCCUGCACUUAAACGGUCGAUCAUCUCAGCCUCGCCAGGACAACCAAACCUCACAGCGUUAUCAGGGUGGACAGAAGUGUGGCAAUGGAUGGACCAAAGCUUAACUGCACACCUCCACGAUAAUCCCUCCCUCUUUCUGAUUGGCUUGGCGCGUCUACAGAGAGUGAAGUCAACAACCGAUUGUGGCGGGGAUGCCAAAGACACAGCUCAUACUUUGAUGAUGUUCAGUGCACAGAGACACCAAAGCAAAAGUACCACCUCCGUCCUCACCUGGCCGUGGUCCACAGCACAGUCGAGUGAGACUGACGUGAUGCUGCUCGGAAACAGCAGUUUGUCCACCAGUCACAUCCUGUCGGGCCUGAGACAAACACGUUGGAUCACAGCAGAGACCCAGGCCAUGUUAGUUGAGUUUACUCAGUACCACAGAGAGACGGCGAUAUUCCUGCCUGUCUCCAUACUGCUGGAGAAAACACAGACACAGCGCAUUCUCUCCACCAUCACCAUCCAGUCCGUUCAUAUUCCAGGAUCUGUCUCUGGAGUCGACUUAAACAUCUGCAUAACGGCUCUGCUGCUGAUCUUCUCCUUGUGCUUUCUGAGUGCUGAAGUUUGGAGGAUGUUCCAGGAGCGAGCUCGGUACCUAGCCCAGACCUGCCGUCUCUUCCAGCUCUUGGUUGCUUUAUUGUCCUUCUCUGCAGCUUCGUUACGCUUUUGUUUCUUGAGCUCAGCCUCUGCGUGCCUUUUUGUUCACGCCUCUCAGCCUGAUGUCUUCACUGGGUUUCACAGUGUUGCGGCUCUGGCCAGGAGUUCCUCUCAGCUCUCGGCUGUGCUGCUGAUGCUGCUGGUUGCACAGAUGGCAGGUUCUCUGCAGUUUGUAAGAAGAUGGGUGGUGUUUGGCAAGGUCCUCCAUCAGGCCUGCUGCGAGAUCUGUGGAGUCGCAGUCCUGUUCCUGCUUCUGCUGCUUCUCUUCUCACACACAGGCUGCUUGCUUUUCUCAGCUUCAGUGGAAGGCUUCAGGACUGUAAGGCAUGCUACACAGUCUAUGUUUUGCUUGCUAAGAGAUCGAAUAGUCUUACAGCAACUGUGUGAGACGCACCCAGUGCUCGGUCCGCUAUUCUGCCUUACUGUAUUUGGGCUGGGCUUCUGGCUCCUGGGCCGUCUAUGUGGAGCCAUAUUACUGCAUAGGUAUAAGACUAUCCAGACAGAAAUGUUCCGGCCAUCCAUGGAACCACAGGACUAUGAAAUGGUAGAGUUUCUUAUCAAGAGGCUAAAGCUAUGGAUGGGGCUCAGCAAGAUAAAAGAGUUCAGGCACCGAGUAAAAUUUGAGGGCAUGGAGUCACCACCUUCUAGAUCAUCCCAGUGCUCCCAGUGCUCCCAGUUCUCCGGCAUCUCCUCACCUGUCAGUCCUCCAGGUCCUCGUAUGGUGUCCUCCGCCUCUUCUCAGGCCUCCGAGUCAUCCACCCUGUCUGAAAGCCAUGAUGUCCAGCAAUAUAUCGAUCGCUUGCUGCCAUCUGUGGAAAAUCUCCUUGCUGGUUUUGACCGUGUCAAUCAACUGACAGAUGAUGUCUUGAACAUUGAACAGCAGCUUCAGAAAUUCCAAAACAGAAUUGUGCAGAAUGGAAGGAAGCAAAGCAAGCCACAGCCGCAACCACAGAUGCCCCCACCACAGAAACUCACAAGACAUAGUCAUACUGCCCUUCCCAAGCCUCUUCAGCCUUCCCAUGAUGGUACCCCUCGAGCACAUCGCCGUGCUACCCACUCUGAGUCAUCCCUUAUGGAACCAUCGUCUCAUCUUUUGACUUAUUUAUCAGUGGCAGGGAGACACAAGUCUCAGACGGCAAACCAAGAGAUUAGAGGUUUCCCUAGACGAAGAGCCUGGCACUCAGGAUCCUGUCACUCUGCAGACACCAUUCAAAGAGUUGCUAAGACUCAGAGCCCUGGAGCCAUUCCUGUAAGACCUCAUAGUGAAGAAAGAGAUUGGGCUGAAGCAAGUGAAGGCAUGCCAAUUAAAAAGAAUGCCUGGCACUCCGAUCCCUCUGAGAUAGAAAAAGACUAAUUCUGUCUUGUGUAUUGCGAUCAUUGAUAAGAGUAAAAACGUUCAUUCUUCAGAUGAAUAUAUGCAUUGGCUUGGUUUGUGUGUGAACUGGAAGUCAAGUAAGAAAGUGGGACUGUCUGUUCCAUCUUUUUAGGCCAAAAUAAUUGGGCAGUUCUUUGGUGUACCUGCCAAUCAUUUCUGUGUACUUUAAUAACCUUGCACUGGGGAAGCCUUUUUACCCCUUCUUAAUCUCUCAGCGUUUUUAAAAUGGGUGCACACAUAUGCAAUUCAAGCAUAGAGUAGAACUUAAAAGGGAUCUGUUAUGCAAAAUUCCUUUUUUAGCUAUUUUUAAACAUUGAGAUGGGUCUUCCCACAGUCCAAAGAAAUGUAGAUUAGGCUAAUUGGCGUUCCCAAAUUGUCCGUAGUGUGUGAAUAAGUGUGUGUGUGCCCUGCGAUGGAUUGGCACCCUGUCCAGGGUGUACCCCGCCUCGCGCCCUAAGCCUCCUGGGAUAGAAUCCAGGUCCUCGUGA